AUGACUAAAAAGACAAAGAAGUCCGCCUAUUUGCAGAAAAACAGCUGGCCACGAGAGUUCGAGUUUCUACCUCCUUCUGGCGACGCCCUUCCAGCGGGUCCCUUCUUUCCGCCAGCUAUCUUCACCGAUGUCAUCUACACGAACGGUGUUCGUGUCGAUGCUCCUUUGAUCAUGGAGGGCCAUAAAAUUCGGGCUUCGCUCCCAUCCCACUCGUACGCAUCGCACGGUCGUCUUCCUGUCCUCACGCCAACUGAUUCAGCUAUAUGGAAGCAAAAUAUCGCAGCACAGUCAGCCACUACGGAUCAAUUUCCUGUGAAUGUUGGUAGAUACUUGGGGACCAUCACACGCACUAUAACCGACCGGGGCGAUACGGGGGGUCCUUCUUGCGUCCCUUACCUGAUUGCAGAAGCCGGACACCAGUUGCGUAAAUGGAAGAAACAACCUACCAAUGCUUCGGCCAAAAAGGAGGCACUCCUCGAACGUGGGCUUGGAACGUUUAAGGAAGCUGAAAUUGACAAUCGCGUCAAUGAGAUUUUGGAAGAAUGGAAACGCAUAUCGACGGAACCCAGGAAGAGCGCGACUUGGGAUGCGUUUGGGAAUCUCCCACCAAAAAGCGUAAAUGACAGCUUUUACGUCCCCUUAUCUUCACUUUUGUCUUGGAUUAAGGCUGAAGGCGACAACCUGACCGAUUCCCAUGCUGGUGUUGUUCGACAAAUUUGUCAUGAGCGGAUGUGUAUUCCGGCCUGUUUGAACCUUGCCGAUCCCUCCCAUCUUUGGCACAUUCCAUUGAUAUUUGUCUAUCCCGUGGUAAUGCAAGUCGAUGCAUCUAGCAAACCCCAAACUACUGCAUCGCGUCCGUCAAAACGCUCAAAGCCUACGUGUACGACUUGGAGGUUGAAACUGGGCAUCUACGCUCAUCGCCUCUUGCCAGAAGCCACCACGACCGUCCUCAAAACAGUAAUGGCCGCUCUCGAUGAAGGUUCGUACAGGUGUACACAAGGCCUGAGCCUCCCCACUCAUCCGAACGAGCCUUCUUUUGAUCCGAGUCCGUAUCCAGUGGUCUUCGUCGACGAUGAUGAUUUGCAAAAAACUUAUUCAGCGUCAUCGAAGACGGAAAGUUCGACUUUUAUAGAUUCAACUCGUGAAGAAUCGUGUAUUUCCGCUUACACAACGAAGGGCUUGCUCAAACUACUGGAGAAUCGCGGUUGUGACAUCUCAAAUUGGGACGAAAUUGCCCCCACUUUGGGAGCCUUGCAAUUGGAUCUGAUGCUGCACCAACAGCAUGCUAUUUGCUGGAUGCAUGAAAUGGAACACUUACCAGGGUUCGGCAUAAACAGUAUUUUUUGGGAGGAGCGCGAGUUUGGUGACCGAGGCAAAUACUACUAUGCCCCAGCAUUGGGUCAGUUGCGUUUACAUCCGCCUCCGACUAUGAAAGGUGGUUUGCUUUGUGACGAAAUGGGUUUGGGAAAGACGAUCGAGAUCAUCGGGCUUGUCCUAUCGACUCUAGACGAGCUCAAAUCCGAAACUCAAAACGCUUUAGACAUGGACAAAACUCACGCGACUCUUAUAGUUGUCCCUCCCGUCUUGGUGGAGCAGUGGCGGAACGAGAUUGUCAAAUGUGCUGGUCCUUCUUUGCUUGUCGACGUCAUGGAAAUUCAGAACAACGAAGUUUAUUGGCGUGGCGAUGUCCAUAAUCCUGAUAUCGUCCUGGUAUCCUACAACGUGAUGCAAAAAAUGACAUCGGUGAAACAUUUGGCCAAAAGGUGGGGCCGGAUUGUUUUAGACGAGAUGCAAGAGGUUCGCUCGUCCACGACAAAGAUUGCUCGAAUGUGCGAGAAGCUGAAGUCUGAUCGACGCUGGAUGAUUAGUGGUACGCCACUGUUCGAAGGCAUUGAAGAUUUGAAGGGUGAACUGAACUUUUUGCAUUUAGAACCAUUUUCUGCUAACAGUGAAGACGGAUUUUUCAACUUUGCCGUUACAAAUCCGUGGGAAAGCCAUCAAAAGCAAGUUAUUGCAACACUAGGGGUCUUGGGGAUGAUAAUGCUACGACGCUCGAAGAGUAUGACAAUUCAUAAAACGCACCAACCAAUUCUGGGCUUGAAGCCGCUGACCGUAGAAUUCAUCCCUGUAGUACAAUCGCUCUCGGAACGUACUCUCUACUGCUUUCUCGAAUGUAUUACGGCGCGCGAGUUUCGGUCCACGGAACGGACCGAAAUCGAGAGUAUAGCAACUAAAGAGGGCAGGUCACGAUGUCUCUACCUUACGCUUUUACGAGACAUUUGUAACUCAGCGGUUCUUCUAAAUGGCGGCAUGGGAGUACCAUCCCAGCUUGGAAAGCUGAAUGCGAUGCUGAUUGCUCAACAUCGACGAGCAACUUCGAAGCCAUUGUGGGAUAAAAGUCUUAAUCAGGGCGUCACAAAUCUUGUAAUGACUUGUGAUGAGGCCAUCGUUCAUUUAGCGCAAGUGCAAGAAGCAACCCGUGCUGGAGACGGCGAGGUGGCUUUUUUGCAACUUGGAUUUGGACAGGGACUUGUCCGACGAGUGCGUGCCUUCGAGUCCGUUGAAGCGCAGCUCGACGCCACAAGAAGCGCGUUGGAUACCGCUAUACGUAGUAAUGCUGCCGCAAAGCGGCAAAAAGCGAAAGUUCUUUGGCAUUUGGCGCUAGAAAAAGUUACCACAGGGUUUUUGCAAGAUGCCGACGUUGUUCAUAUCCGUACUCGUGUGAAAAAACUCUGGAAACGGAGGUAUUCAGUCAUUUCUCAAGCGUCAAACGUAAAACAAUCAAUUUCCCAUACUUCCGAUUCUCCGUUUAGCGACACCGCCAGACCUCCUUACGACGAGGAGCCCUACGAACAUGCUAUGUUUUUAAGGGGAUGGAGGCUCUCCAAUAUUUGUCUCGUAGACUAUUUCUGGGCACACCCAAAUAGUUUCCGCAUCGAAGGCAUUCCUCCAGAAUUAUCUAUCGAUGAUGUCGCACACACGUUGGCAGUCAACUUUCGGAGUGGGGAUGGUUCGCCAGCGGCCAUGCGCGACUACUGCCUUGCGGAACAUAUUACAGACUUGUAUGCUCAGGACAGCUAUCGCUUUUGCAUUCUUCGCGUUCCUUCGUCAUCUACGACAUCGACUUGGACAGCUGGCUUGGCGUUCAAAUCGCAAAAAGAUGCUAUGCUUCUGUCAGGGCAGACAAAGAAGGUCCAUGGAAUUCAGAUUGCUUCCAAGCAUAUUCCACCACUCAUGAAGAGAAAUAUUGAUGCUUCUAUCGCGGAUUUAGAGGAAGCGAGAGCUUUGCAAGCGCGACAUCCAACCCUCGAGAAUCGGAAAAAGCUCACGCUUGCGAAAAACGAAUUUGAAAAAGCUAAACGCGGCCUUUGCAUAUGUAGCAAAGGCCAGUAUAAGAUGCAUGCAGGAACUGAUUGUGAGAAUCUGGUAUGGAGUUCGGCUCGAGUUGCUUAUAGAUUUGACGAUCUAGAAAGUGAAAAACUUAUUUCAAGCUUAUCUGCUGUGCGACGUGAUUGCAGUGCUACUAUUGGUGAAACAGAUCUCAAGAUAUAUGAAUAUCGGAAUCGUAUGCAAAAGUUGCGUUCCAUUGCCGAAAGAAAGUAUUCGGAAAAUGUUCAGGCUAUGUCUUCCUUUGAUGCGCUACAGGCUUUAGCAAAAGGAAGAUUUAAUGAUACGCAGUGCAUCGUAUGCUUGGGUCAUUUGGGAUCGGGUGGAUUGUGCGGGGACGAUGCACCUUGUCGGCUCUGUAAUAGUGAUGCAAAGAGCGCUGAUAUCAGAGGAGCAAUAACUAUGACCAAAUGUGGGCAUUUAUAUUGCGUGAAGUGUUUCGAGCAAUGGAGUCGAACCCAAUCGACUGUGGCUUGUAUUGUAUGCCGAAAAAAAAUAGACAAAAACUCAGAUUUCGUCACGAUCGAUCCGACGGAUAGGGAAAGCCCAAGUUUUAUUGCUGAUAGGCGUUCUGAGGCGCGACUUAUAAUAAAGAAAGCAUCCGACAUGAUAUCAGAAAGCAACGGCGAGCUAGAUCCUGAACUUUGGGAGCAGCUCUAUCAUUCCAUCGAGAUCCCUCAGAAUGUUGACUCAAGUCGCCACUGUAAGGUAUCGGUACUCCCUGGCGAUUUUAUGGGACAUCUGCGCUCAUGUACAGGUCUUCCAGUGCUUUGCCAUCCUUCUCAGACACCGGUCACCUUGUCUGCACAAAGUCAGUGCCUUUCCAGCAAAAUUAAGGCCCUUCUCCGCGAUUUGCCAUCAGAAGAGCGAAGCGUUGUCUUCUCUAGCUCGGCCAAAACGCUCCAUCACUUAGAGGUCGUUUUUAAGGGAAUCGGUAUUGGAUACCAGUCGUUGUUCUCAGGACAAGCAACUUCCACAGCAGAACGCGCAGUAAGUGAGUGGCACGCUACCAAAGCUAAUGCGAUUCCUUGUCCAGUUCUGCUCGUCCAAGCUGGAGCAGCCGCUAGUGGUCUAACAUUGACUAAAGCGUCAAAAAUGUUUAUCAUGGAGCCGUUUGUGCGUCACGAAGAAGAGCAGCAGGCGUAUGCUAGGUGCCAUCGCUACGGACAGACAAACACUGUGCACUGCAAGUGCUACUAUACACCAGUUUCCGUGGAAUCCCGUCUUCUGGAGUGGCGAAAGCGAGCAGUAAACGCUGGAGUAGAGGCUCUACCCCUACAGGAAGGCGAAGCUCCGCAAAUCAUUUACGCUCCGCUUCUGGACCUAGAAGAUGAGGCGGAGAUUGAAACCAGUGAAGUGUCACAGAUGAACUUUCUUCUUGGAUUAGGGACGGAGCAGAUACGAUAGGUCAUCGUAAGCUUCUUUAAUAACACAAAUGACAAGAUUAACAUAUACAUUGUAUUGUCACGUCCCGCAAAAAAUAGCAGCCCUAACGUCUCGAAGAAUUUCGUCAUCAGAUGACGGUAACGGCUCCUCUUCUCCUCCCGGGGCUUCUAAGCUGACGUUUGAUUCGCGAAGAGUUUGGCUCUGUGUUCUUCCACGUCGCACAUUACCAAGUCCAUUGGAGACGGUCCAUCCAAUCAAGCUAGAAAUUAGAAUUGGCCCUGCGUCAUCGACUGAACCACUUAAAGUGAGUAUCGUCACGGCAGUAACGGACAAGGGAAUGGGAGACGCUGAUACAACACAUGCAGUCAUGCAACAUGGUAACGUCAAGGCGAAUGGCAAUCCUUCGACAACUGAAGCGAGCGCGGCCCCAACUAGCAGGCCAACAACACCAGCUGGAACGAGAAGGCCCCCGACGAGUCCACACGCAAGGCUCAUACUCAGCCCCACAAUUUUUGCGAGGGCAACCAUGAGCAAUUGAUAAACAGCCAGUGUCUCGUCUUCGUUCGAAAUCACAUCGCUCCAGAUACGCGACGCUAAAUCAAUUCCACUCCCGACGGCCAACGGGUCAAAAAUACUGAUGAGACCGUGAAGGAGCCCGCCGAGUGUUGGAAAGAGUAGUACGGGCAGCCAAGGGGACGAUCCCAUCCGGUUUGUCAUGACCGUCUCUAUGGACUGCUUGGAGCUUUGUAGAGCUCGCGUUAGCGCAUGAAUCGUCAAACCCACAAUGCCACCAACCAGUCCGAGUGGAACCGCGGCGGCCCAAUGCCAAAGUUCCAAGUUGAUACCUACCGCCAAAAAACCCACGACCUCGACCAUGCUGGGGCCCGGAAGGAGACGACCAAUGAGCAAGGUAGAAACUGUAGCACAACUUUGCAAAACGAGACUUUCCAUGUAUCCGAAUCGUGAUGGUAAUGAUUGUCGUUCGAGAGAGUGCGAAGAAGAGCUUUCAUCCAAAUCAGUUAGCUCGACUUGGGUGCCGUCUAUGUUGGCAAGCGGUGAUCCCUCCAUAGACGAUUCACUGUCAAGCUCCAACUCCAAAUUGCUCCCAAAAAAAAGUUCCGUAACGAGUAAUGGUCCCACUAAAGGAAACGCCGAGAAAAUGCUUCCUACAGCUGCCGCCAUUCCCGAUUGCACUAGCAACACUUGAUGACGCGACGAGAUUCCCGUUGAUUGCAGCCUCGGUACGACCCUGAUCAAGAAACCAGCGGCUAACGCUCCAAUGCUUAGAACAAGAAUCUCUGGUCCCAAAGGGGCCCCCGUCGACAAAGCCACGAUACUUGAUAGAACGGUCAGGGUCCAUUGCUGCCAACAGUCGGCUGCGUCGUAUAUACACGGUAUCAUGUUUUGUGGUAAGCUCGGAGUUCUGCAGUUUCGGAUCGAACGCGGUUGGGACGAGGGCAACAAACAAGCCUGCAGACAACCGCAAAGAAAUCCUCCGGUGACGGUAGUGUAGACCCAUGACAAUCGACUCUUCCAUGGUAAAGCGUCAUCGUCUGGUUCCAUCCAACACUGUACACUGCAAUUGAACCAUUGUGACAGGACCAGCUCGAUCGCUUUGAGGGAACUGUAAAUUCCUAUCCGAGUCAUUGCACCAAUCAAGAAUACCAACGGCAGCCUCAAAAGCCAAAAGGAAGGGUCCCGGGCGAAGGAUCUCGUCGACGACACUGCUGAUCGCGAUAUUACUGGAGGAUUUGCACCAGGUUCUUCGUAAUACUGGACCGACUGGGGAACCGCAAUUUCUCUCGCGUCGACCCGCACCUCCGUGUUGUAGUCGUCAUCGUAGUAUGUCUGUUGAGCCCCGGGUUGUCCUUCUUCGGUUGCGGUACGAUUCCGAAUCUGAAAGGCGUGCCUUGGAGGUGUGCGGGUAGUACCCCUCGCGGCGGGAUUACGAAUGGUUGAUCGAACCGGCAACAACGGCUGUUGUAGACCUCCUGUGGCAUCGUUAACGAUUGUAGCAUCCUCGUUCGUGUUGAUCGUCAUAACGGAAUAAAAUCCAG